AUUUUCAAAUGUAAACAGCAUGGUUGAUGAGACUGAGGGUAUAAGUGGUAAUAUAACUCAUAAAUUUCAUACUUUCUAUCAUCAAACGGAAGAUUGCUGAUUAAAAAUAAGUUGUGUCAAUAUUUUUAUGAUAACCCCUGCUCCUUGAUGUUGAAUGGGAAGAUUUCCGUACAGGGCCGUCUUAAUAGUAUGCCAGGACCCUGGGUUUCUGUCAAUAUGUUUCUUCUACUACUUGUUUUCCUUUCUUGGGAACUCAAAUUUUCCUCUGCUAGCAUCACGAGUCACUCUAAUAAACUUGCCAAGCUUGCUCACAAAAGUUAUUAUGAAAAUCCUGGAGCAUGUUUCCAGAAAGCUACCUGUGUUCCUUUUCAGAAUUUAACUUGUUUUGGUACACCAUUACCAUAUUCCCAUACUUCCAUAGAUCUUGCAGAGGAUUCUGAUUCACGUUUGGAGAUUUUUGAUAAUCUUGCUUUCUGGCAAGGAUUGCAAGCAGUUCCAAGAUGUUGGGCAGUUGUUCAACCUCUUUUGUGUGCCGUUUACAUGCCAAAGUGUGAGAACGAAUCUCUUUUUCUUCCUUCCCAGGAGAUGUGUCGCAUCACACGAGGUCCUUGCAAAUUGGUUGAUCUGGAGCAAGGUUGGCCACCAUUUUUGAAGUGUGAAAAUAAGAAGUCAUUUCCUCCUCAUUGUCGGAACCCACUGCAAGAAAUAAAAUUUAACAUCACCUCCAAAUGCAUGCCACCUUUAAUCGAGACUGAUAAUCCUGUUAAAUGGGUGUACAAUAUUGAAGGUUGUGGAGUGCCAUGCCAGAAUCCUUUGUACACGGAAAAAGAACAUGCCUAUCUACACAAAUGGCUGUCUAUUUAUUCUUCAGUAAGCUUUGCAAUCACCCUCUUUAAUGUGAUAACUUUUUUUAUAAAUUGGCAGUCAACUGACAAGUAUCCUCAGAAAAUCUAUUUCUAUUUGAAUUUUUGCUGGACUAUCGUGUCCUUUGGAAUUUUGCUUCAGUUUUUUGGAGGGACGAGAGAAAAUAUAAUUUGUGCUGAGGAUGGUACAGUUCAACAAGAACAGCCUAAGUCUUUUAAUAUGUGUGCUUUACAGUUUUUUCUGAUAUAUUCUUUCUCAAUGGCUGCUUGUUUUUGGUUUGUCAUUUUAACGUAUGCUUGGUAUGCUACAGUUUCUGAAAAGUCUGCUCGAUUGAAAUUGGAUAAAAGAACCUUCUAUGUUCACUUGUGUGCUUGGUUAAUACCAUUUUUCCUUACAGUGGCAAUAUUUUCUACCAAUGCUGUUGAUAGUGAUUCCAUGAGUGGAAUUUGCUUUGUUGGUUAUUCCAAUGCUGAUCUUCGCAAGGGUUAUGUUCUUGCCCCAGUGUGCUUUACCUUUGUUGUUGGAGGAUGCUUCUUAGCAUUAACUUUAUACAAGCUGAUAAAAAUAAGACUUUACAGUGAAGAAAUUACCAAUGAAGGUUAUAAAGAAAAGAUUUGCCGUAUGAUGUUUCAAGUGUGUUUAUCUGCUGUUUGUGUUGUGGGUGUGUUUUUAAUUACUUUGUGUUGUCAUGUAUAUGAGUUCAAUUAUCGUAAUGUAUGGAGUGAAAGUCUUAAAGAUCAUCUUGUGUGCCUUGCUAUGUAUUCGGCUCAAGCUUAUGUUAUGGAAGAUCCAUCAAUUCCUAGAUGUGUUCUUAAGCAUAAACCAAAUGCCCACAUGUAUCAUCUUCAUAUGCUGUGCAUUCCAAUCUUUGGUUUGAUGAUAUCUCUAUACAUUCUGAAUAGGUACACCUUGGAAACGUGGAAAAGUUUCUUCUAUCGCCUUUGUGCCCCAGCUGAGGCAAAUGCUACGACCAUGAAGAAGCACAAGCUCAUUGCCCAAGGUUUUCAAAAUAGAAGAGAAAUUAAUCAAGGAAAUUUUGCCUUCAUCAGUGAAAAUGCUGAUCCACUUGGAUUGCAAAUGGACUUGAGUAGUGUGGCAUCCCAUGACAUUUCUACCUCAUGGGCAAUGGCCUUUCCUCGUUUAUUGAUGCGAAGGAAUGCUGUGACGCAUGUCCCUCCCGGAAUCAUCCCAAGGCAUUAUUCAUCUGCAUCAGAUGUCAGUCGUUAUAUAUCGAUGGACUCCUUCAAUCAACCUAAUCCAGACUCUCUCAGCAUGCAAAUAAGUGAAAGAGAUUUUCAAGAACAAGUUUCGAGACAAAGACGCAAAACCAGAAAAGAAAGGGAACGUUUCUUAAAAGCUAAUCGUGUCGCACCAUGGUACCCGGGAAGCAGACGUGGGAGCGAUACUUCUCUUCAGAGCUCUUUAUUGGCUGUUGCCAGAAUGAAUAAAAUUCCUAAAUCAACUAGUACGAGUGAUUUGGGAGGAGGGCCUGUUAUUGCCGAGACACCUUUGAUAUCUGCAGCUGUAUUGCCACAGCCCAGGCACAGGAACCUCAUUCAACCGGCUGCAUUGAAUCCACCUCCAUUCAUGCAUGGAAUGACGGAUUUUUCCCACCGCCUGGAUUGCCUUAAUGCACCUUCUGCCGUGGGUAACUCCGUCGGCCAAAGAUUCACUCCUGUUCCUAUUGCUUCAGGUAUGCCAACUCCGUUGCCUGGGAUGAUCAGACCACUAUUUACACAAGGCUAUGAUGUGAUGAAUAACAUUGCUUCAAACUUUAUGGGCUACAAUCCCAUCAAUGGUAUGUAUCAGAGAUAUCCGGGUGCUAGCAAUUUCACUUUUCCCGCAUACAGUUUACCUUAUAUGACUUACGCCGCUUAUCAGAGCAUAGACUCACUACCCAAUCAGUAUCAACCUAGUUUGAUACCCCUACAUCCGAGGGCUGAUAGUGCCAGUGAGGAGCCUAGCUAUUUUCCAAUAGUUUUGUCGGACAGCGAGUAUACAGACACGGGAAUGCGUUCCUACGACGAAUCUCAGGUGCUUACCACUCAGCGAUUGAUGCAAGAGCGCUUACAAGCUCAGUUACUAGCCAAAGCGCAAAAAGAGGAGGCAAAGGCAACAAAGCCAGUGCUGGAAUCUCAAACCUGUGCCAAGACUCAGUUUUUGCAGAGGCUCAAAGCAGACGAGAGUGCGACGCAGACCUCUAGGCCGUGCUCGGGGAGGAAGUCUCACAACUCUGCCCCUCCGCCUUCUCCUGCCGUGUCUUUGGAUGACGUGAACGAGGCUGAGUUUAUUAAUACUGAAAAUGCCAAUUCUGAAACGUUUAAUUCUGAGACUGUUAACUCUGAAACGAUAAACUCUGAAGAAGAUAACGAUGUUUUUGUUGACAUGCCUGCAGGAGGCAGUUGACACCUUUGACAACCUUAUUUUGAUUUUAUAUUAUUAUUGUUUGUAAUAAGUAUGUUUUUUGAUUUUCAAGUUCCAACAUUCUUUUAUGGUUUCGGUAACCAAAAGUUUUUCAUAUUACAUUUUU